AUGGUUACAUUACACAAAAGUUUAGGUGAUUUCAAACGGGUUUGCUAUGUUAGACCUGAGCCCGAACUACCAGUUCAUCGAGCAAUUAGCGACAAACUGUGCACCCAUUUGAUCAUCGGUUUCGCUAUCAUUGAAAACAAUGUCAUUCGUGUCGAUACCAAAACCGGUAGUUUUAUUAGCUAUUGUAAAGCCCUACUGAAUGUCACCAAAACCACCGGUGCCAAUGAUGUACAGCUGAUGUUAUCGAUUGGCGGCGGCAAUAAUGAUCAGGGCUUUCAUCCGAUGUCGUCUACGCCUACCAAUCGCCGACAGUUUGCUAUAUCGGCACUGGAAAUAAUGCUAAAGUAUGGACUCCAUGGCCUAGACCUGGAUUGGGAGUUUCCCGCUUGGGGUAACACUUACUAUGAGGACAAACAAAACUUUUAUUUAGUUUUAAAGGAGUUACGGGAAAUAUUCACAACAUUUACUGUACAAACAUCGCGACCACCGUUGGUCAUAACAGUAGCGUUGGCCGCCCAGUACACCAUCAUUGAAAGGUCAUACAAUGUACCGGAGCUUAUCAAAUAUGUUGACUUUAUUAAUCUAAUGGCUUACGACUAUUAUGUCUAUCACUGGUACUGGCCGUUCAUCGAUCACAAUAGUCCGCUGUUCGGCCGACGCCGUACACAACAUUUGUUCAUAUUUGGUACACUCAAUACGGACUGGUCGGCCAACUAUUACAAUCGGUUAGGUGUACCAAAAGAUCGUAUUAUUAUCGGUAUACCUACCUAUGGUCGCUCAUAUCAACUAAUGUUUCCGUGGUAUCCACGACCCGGUAGUCUGGCAUUGGCCAGCAAUCAGGACAUGUCGUUUACAGAGGUUUGUCGUUUUUUGAAAACUCCCGGAACUACUGUCGAAUGGGAUCAGGAAUCAGGUGUUCCGUAUGCCUAUCGGGACAAUCAAUGGCUGACGUUUGAGAGUCGUGAGAGUGCGGCACAAAAAGUUGAAUGGAUUAUCCGAAACGGUUUCGGCGGUUCAAUGACUUUCAGUUUGAAUGCCGACGACUAUCGUAACGAAUGCUAUGAUAAUAGUCAGCCGUUUGCCAUACAGUCAGCAAUUAAAGAGAUUUCACUUAAAAUGUUGUCAUAAAUAUAUAAAUAA